GAGAGUCAGAUGUAGCUCGACCGAUUUCAGGAAACGGCGCAGAAAAAGGCAGUUGAACGAACAACGAAGAUCGAUUCAACCGGCGGUUAAACUGUGGGGUAACCGCUGUCAAUACUGGCCCUUUUAUCCAGUUUUAAAGUGAUAUACUUUAAUGUUUUGUAUAUUUUCUAUUCAAGUUGAUAAUGCUGGAUGGUCGAACUGAUGAAGUUCACAAGAGACAUUUGCCGACUGCUGGGUAUUGGAGGCGAUGGGCCAGGUGAGCAGGAGGAGAUGGAGCGGGAGGGAGGAGGAGGAGGAGGAAGAGGGGGUCCAGGUCCAGCCGCGGGUGGAGAGAUCCUGAGUGGGGAGGAGGAGUUGAGUGAGGAGGAGAAGACCAGAAGGAGAGCAGAGAGACGCAGGGCUAAGAGAAAGAGACAGAAAGAACGAAAGAAACUGGAGAAGAGCGCGGAUGCUGAGCGGGAGGGAGAAGCGUCAGAGUCUGAGAGUGAAAGUGAGGAGGAGAAGGAGGAGGUACAGAGGGUAGUACCUCCUGCCAAGAACAAGCCCACGCCUCCUCUCGCUGUGUCUGGGAAGAAGAGCAACCGCCAGCCCCCUGUCAGGACCCCAGAGGAGGAGCCAGAGUGGGACGUCCGCAGUGCGUUUGUGGCCAACGCUGCCAGUCACAUCAGACCCAAAGCCAGGACCAGUGCAGGCCACGCCUCUAGAGAGAACAAGGAGAACGAGGCUAGGACCAGCGAGGUGGAGAGUUCAGCCCCUGUGAAGAGGAAGGGUGCUUCACUAACAGAGAAGGGUAUUCAGCUGUUUAAGCAGGGCCACUACUCUCAGGCUGUGGACAUGUUCUCUGAUGCUAUCCACUGUGACCCCAAAGACCACAGGUUCUUUGGGAAUCGUUCACACUGCUACUGGUGUCUGGAGCUCUACCCCUCUGCCCUAUCAGACGCUCAGAUGUCCAUCCAGCUCGCCCCUGAUUGGCCAAAGGGAUACUUCCGCAAGGGGAGUGCACUGAUGGGGUUAAAGCGGUAUGGUGAGGCAGAGAGGGCCAUGCAGCAGGUGUUGAAGCUGGAUCAGGACUGUGAGGAGGCCUCCAUUGAGCUCUUCAACUGCCAGGUCCUGCAGCUCAUGGAUCUGGGUUUUGAGGAGGGGCAGAGUGUGUUGCUGUUGGAGAAGUUUACCACAGUGCAGGCUGCUCUCGGCUCCCCUGAGGCUGACAGAGUGGUGGACCUCUCCUCCCCUGAGGACUCUACUGGGUCCCCCUGUCCCUCUCUCUGGGUGGGGAACGUCACCGUGGACCUUACUGAGAAACACAUAUGGGACCUUUUCAAAACGUGUGGGGAAAUAGAGAGUAUCAGAGUUCUACAUGAGAGAUUCUGUGCCUUUGUCAACUUCAAGAAUGCCAACAUGGCCGCUCGCGCCUUGGAGAGGCUCCAGGGUGUGGAGCUGGAGAGCACCAGGCUGGUAAUCAGGUACCCAGACCGCUGGAUGCAGAGAACCCCUCCCUCUCCUCAGAGGACCAACCCUAUAGGCCUCAACACCUCCUCAGCCUCCCAGUACGCCUCCACAGGGACCAGGAGGAUGGCUCCCAUCAAUGGUGACGAGUGUUUCUUCUGGAGGACCACCGGCUGUUUCUAUGGUGACAAGUGUCGCUUCAAACACAAGCCUGACCAGAAAGGAAGAGACAGGAAACCAUGGCAACCCUGACCACCACGCAGCGACUGGAUAGUAGAGAGGGAGGAGAAUGAUGAAGAUGAAGGAAGAGGAUGAGGGACUGUCUCCCUACUUUAAAAGGGAACAGGAGGCUUGGAUAGAAUGGGGGUGUUGGGGGGUGUCACCCCGUUUGUAGUCCUCUGGCACAGACCACAGAUCCCAGACAGAACACUAGAGAUAUAGAAUGAGUGUGUGAAGUGUCAAUCAAAGUGAAGAGGAGUGCACCUCUGAUUUCCUUCCCCCUCUCCCUCGGCCUGAGCUGUGAAACAUGGAAAUUACAUCAUCAUUAGAUCCUUGAAGGGAUCUUUGUCCAGUGGACCGCCUCUAUGAUGACCAUGUUGUAGACACUAAGGGGGCUGACAUCUGUUGUUAUCAUGUGUUUUACUGUGUAUGUAUGUAUGGUCAUGUGACUGGACAUGUGACCUGAAUGUGUGACUCCUUGUGAUGUCGCUGUGAGACUCACUGCCAGCCUGAUGUCAUAGGGUGCCAAGUAAUUGCCCCUACAGGGGAUAAAUAAACAAAGCUUUUUAAUUGAAUAUAGGGCGUGUUCCAGGCAGACUAAAUUGCACUCACCUGCCUUCUCUCACAACACCUGGAUAGGUGUGUCUUUAAGAUGUCAGCUAACCCAAUCAUGAUAUAGCAAACUGAUGCACGACUGCACAGUCAGUGACGUGGCAUGCAACCAUGAGUCAGCCUGGAACGUCACCAGUGUCCAUGGGGUGUUCUAACAUCCACACUAGACCACCUUAAAUGAAACAAGUAGUGUGCUGCUGUGGAUAUUGGAACAAGACCCAUAACACCUUCCUAAUAUUGAGUUGCGCCACCCCCUUUUGCCCUCAGAACAGCCUCAAUUCGUCGGGGCAUGGACUCUACAAGGUGUCGAAAGUGUUCC